AUGCCCUUUGCGGCGGCCGUCUUAUUACCCUGGGUCGUCGUCGUCCUCGGCCUGGGGGGCAGCAGCAGCAGCAGUGGGCCGUCACUCGGCGCCGCCUUGAUCAUACCCUCCGGCAGCAGCGAUGAGAACCCAGCCAAGCCCGUCAUCACGCCGCCGCCGGCGUUUCCCCUCAACCCUCGGGGCGAAUACUCGGCCCUGUCGUCGACGUGCGGCUACCUCAACGGCGACCCGCGGAAGCCUCGCUUCGCCCCCUCGGGCUCGGCGUGCAACUGGAGCUCCACGUACUGGGGCUUCUGCGCGACGUCGGACCUGGACAAGUGCACGAUAUACGCCACGUGUAUCGAUAGUUAUGGCUGUUCGGGCGGGUGUCCGGGGCCGACGAAGACAAAGGACAACACGGCAAUCACUUGCCCCUCUGGACAGUACUGCUCGACCGCCUUGUUGAGUUACAAUGUCCAGCAGACCAAUGCCAUUGGGUCGUACACGUUCGUCACCUGCGGCGUCGAGGCCGCGACCGCCCACUACAUCGUAUCGCCGACGAUGCUCCUGGUCGACACGUCGGCGAUUCCCACCAACAGCAACGCGCCCACGCAGGGGCAGCAGGGCACUGCGACGAACAAGGGCGCCUCGCCCGAGGGCGGCGGCGCGGCCACAUCUUCCGCGCAGCCCAGCGCCAUAGCAUCCGGCGGCGGCCAGCAGCAGUCAACCUCUGUCGGGGCCAUCGCCGGCGGUGUCGUGGGCGCCUUGGCCGUGUUGUGCGGCGUGGCCCUCGCCGUGUUCUUCAUCGUGAGGAGACAGCGCCGCAAGGUUGAGGAGGAGAAGAAGAAUAGGAUGAAGGCGCAAGGCGCUCUUGGCGGCGGUGGCGGCGGCGACGUGGAGGGGCCUAUUCCGGUGGACGACGAUCAGAUGGACGACAAGACGCACAUCGUCGCCAUCGGAUACAAGGCGGGCCACGACGACUCGCCGUUUGGCGCCGACGCCGACGCCCGGAGCGAGCUCCCCGGCGAUGUCAUGAGCCGCGACUCGCCGGGCCCGGGAGACAUACGGAGCAUGUGCUUCAGCAUGCCGCCGUCGAGGACGGACUCGGUCACGUUGCCCCCCUGGGCGGCCUCGGAGCUGCCCGUGCAGUAUUCCAGGAUGUCGCAUCGCGCCGAGAUGCCCGGCUAA